AUGGACACUGUCAAAUGCUAUGCUUGGGAGAAUAGUUUCCAAGAAAAGGUCCAAAGUGUUCGAACACAAGAGUUAUCAUGGUAUCGGCAAGUACAAAUGCUAGGAGCGUUGAAUACAUUUAUAUUAAAUAGUAUCCCAGUGGUAGUGAUUGUGGUUUCAUUUGGGCUGUUUACUUUACUUGGAGGAGAUCUUACACCUGCUAGAGCCUUCACAUCACUCUCUUUGUUCGCUGUGCUACGUUUUCCACUCUUCAUGCUUCCAAAUACGAUUUCUCAGGCCGUAAAUGCCCAUGUUUCCUUGAAACGUAUGGAAGAUCUACUUUUGGCCGAGGAGAGACUUCUUCUUCCAAAUCCACCUCUUGAACCAGGACUUCCAGCUAUCUCAAUUAGGAAUGGAUCAUUUUCAUGGGAUUCAAAGUCUAGAUAA